AGAAAGAGAGAAAAAUGAGAAGAGGAAGGGAAAAAAAAGCGAGAAAGAAGACCGAAGUAGACAGAGAUUGAGAAAGAAAGUGAACCUAAAGCACCAAAAUUACCUUAAAUCCCAGCAGAAAAACAAAUCAAAGCGGAAAAAUCACAUGAAAAAAUGGCAAGAAUACUGACAAUUUUUUACUGAAAAAAUCACAGCAAAAAUGGAAAGAAAAGGAAAAAAGAAGAUACCUGGAGGACUUUUAGAGGAAGAAAACGAGUUUUGGAGUAGGGAGAAGCCGCCACGAUAAGAGGUGAAGACCUUCGUUUCUGCGUCUGCGUUCGGCGGAGGAGAGAGAGAGAGAGAGAGAAAGAGACAGAGGGAGGAUUUCAAGGCUAGGUUCACUAAGCAGUAAUUGUUGCUAUUAGGAGCUGCAAAAGCCAACCCCAAACUAUUUUCAUUUGAAAAACAGCAAGCGCCAAACUUAUAUAAAAGGCACAGACCAACUUUUUGAGCGCCAAUUUAACUUCAAUACCAAGAAAAGUCCGUUGCACAAAAUUUUCGUCUUUCCCUCCAUUUCUCUCUCAAAAAUUUCAAAGCUGAAAUGCGAUCUCGCUUUUCCGACUCCGACUUCAUCGUCACCGCCCUGAGCCAAUCGCUGGAAACCCUAGCCUUCCUGCAACUGCCAGUCCCUCAGGUCUCUCCAUCUCCGCCAAUCUCCACCUUCUCGGACCUCCUCUUCCUCUGCUUCGGCUCCACCUUCAAUGUCUCCCUCCGAAUUGACAAAUUGCCGGUCGAAACCGCUCUCUCCAAGUUCUUCUCCGACGUUCUUCCUCAGAAUGUCGACAUCGGCGCUGAAGAUUUUGAGGGCGAUGUUUCGUGCGCUUCUCGUGAAAUUUCCGGUUCCAGAGGCUACGAGGAUGAAUUAUCGGAGGAAACUAAGGUUCUCAAUGGGGAGAAGGAUGUGGAGAGUCAGAAACCUUCUGUAUCCAAAGCUAUCGGAGUUGAAGUCCCAAAAAAGAGUAAUGGAAGUGCGGUCGAUGAUAAAAUUACACCUCGAUACGAAUUAACCCAAUUCGAAACGCCAGAGCUCGAUGUAUUCGCGGAAAAUGCUUCAUUUUUUGAAAAUGAGGGGAUCCAAAUUCUUUCAAAAGCUCCAGAAAUAGAAGAAUAUUUGGACAUGCUCAAGCCAGGGCUUUCAACUCAUUAUCCUCGUGAAUUUCAAUCAAUUAUAUCAGUUGAAAAGAUUACAUUUGAGUAUCCAACGGGGAAGAAGGAUAAUGUCCAAGAUGAUUGUUCUUUCCAGGACCAGAUUCACUUUAAUCAAAUAACUUUCCCUGUAGUAGAAGCGGACGAGAUAGUUUUGGAGCAAAUUGAAGGUUUUGCAAUGGAAGAAAAGCUUCUUUCACUUUUUGAAAAUUGUGAACUGCAACUUUCUCAAAAAGAUAACCUGGACAUUGGAGACAAGGAGCUUUUGGGUUCAAAAGGGGAUGACAUAUCGCGGCUCCUUUCUGAUCAUUAUCUGUCAUUUCACUCUUUUGGAUCUGAGCUGGGAUCCCUGGACAAUUUCCCAGAAGUAGACUUGAUACGUCUGGUGGAGAUUUCACAUAUUAAGAUAAUCUCGGGAGUUCAAGGGACAUCGGGUUUUGAUGGUUUUCUUUCAGAUAAGCCAGUUGUUUAUGAGGAAUUUGAUAUUCUUGAUGUGGAUUCAUCGCAGAUUUUUGAAGCCCUACUUAAUGGACAAACAGCUUCUGAACCAGAAACAUGUGACUGGAUGUUCAAUGAAGACACGAAGUUUAAGGAUUUCAAUAAAUUGAUUGUUAGCCAUGAGCUAACCCUGGUAGAUGAAACAUUCAAGUCAUUGCCGGUGCCUGUUAUUUGCGAUCAUGAAAAGGUAAGGUCGUUCUAUACAAUUAUUGAAGGAAAACUUGCUAAUCUAAGGCCACACCCCCUAUCUGCCCUGGAUGGAAUUUACUUGGACUGGCAUCUCCUUGAGGAUGAUACGUAUAGAAGCAAAACUUACUUCUACGAGAAUGUUUUAAAGGAUAUGGGUUCACACAGCAUCGAUGACGAUUGGGACUCUUUUGGUGAUAAAAAUGUGGUAUAUGACUUUAUCUUCUCUGACGAUAGCCUGUAUGGGUUUAGCACGGAUGAAAAUGCAGAAUCCAUGGAAUUUCUUUCUGAUGUAUUUAUCCCUUCUAGUAUUACUGAGGCAGUGGCUAAAAAGACUUCUGAGAGGGCUUCAUUAUUGUUCAAGUCUAUGUCACAAUCCAAUGAUCUCGAUUUUUUCUUGAAUGCUCAGAAAGCCACCAGGACAAAUAGUGAGCCAGCAAUUAGAGCAGUCCAAAAUAAUGCUACAUCUCCCAAGAAUCCACAGGGUAACUCAGUUGCAGCUAUAUCCCAGGGAGGAGAAUCAAUCACCAUUUCAGAUAUGGAUGAGAAUGCUAACAAGCAUAAGAAGCUCUUCAACUAUUUAUCUAUGGAGGAAGAGUAUGAUAUGAGAGCUAAAGAGGCUACAGACAAAGCAGAAGCUUACAGUAUGCCUUUACCAAUUCCUUCUAUGCCAUUUGUGAAAGAGUCCAAUGACAGUAUAAAAGAGUAUGAUACGAGAGCUAAAGAGGCUACAGAUAAAGUAGAAUCUUACAGUGUGCCUUUACCAGUUCCUUCUAUGCCAUUUGUAAAAGAGUCCAAUGACAGUAUGGAAUCUUUCCCUGAAACAGUAAUAGUUGUUAAUACACAAACUCUUGACAAGGAAAUGAUAGUAUCCAGAAGAAGUACCUAUCAAAGAAUUCUUGCAAUGGAGAAAGAAGGGGCACAGGUUGUUGAACGUGAUUCAGAUUUACCUGUAGAUAUUAUAGUAAAUUCUGCAAUUUGUUUAGCGUGGUAUGAUUGCAGAAACAUUGGAAAGAAAGCUUCUGAUUCUGACGAAGCUUCUUCGUGCUUACCCUUGUGCAUUGAGAAUAUUGCAACAAAUGUUUUGACCUUGCUUAGUUUCAAUUUCAGUGGCUGCAUCAUGGUCUUUGAGGGAGAAAACAGUUUCCUUUCCACUGUGAUGGAACACUCAGAUGGAUUCUACGCUGCUGCUGCAAGCCUGGGAAUUGAUGUGCAGCUGUUUUGCUCAUCUUCUUCCGAGCUGACUGAUGAAAUCAUAAUGAGCUGCAUUGGAUGUGCCACAAGAGGUGUAUAUCCACGAAUGCCCGAAUCAGAAACUCUUGCAGAGUCCUUUCUUACCAAAUUUCCUUCAGUUAAUCCCUUGACAGCUCAUGCGAUAUUGUCUUCAGGAGACAUGCUCAUUGAGUUCCUUGAACGGUCAAAUGAAUACAGGAUUCGUGCAAUCCAGAAAUAUCAUGUUCCUAAUGAAAGUAUUGCCCUAUUAGGUGCUUUAUGCAAGUAUGGUGAGCUAGAAGAAUCGAGAUCAAUGAUGACAAACUGCUCUUCUUCAGUUUCUUCUGGUACUGACUCCAAAAACUUCGAUCUAAAUGUUGCUUCUAAAAGAAAAAGAUGGGAAUACGGUGGUAUGCUUCACAAAAAUGACACGCAUAUGGAUGAAUUACUGCAUAUUGAUCCAGUUAACCAAUUUUCUAAAGAUAGCCUGGAUCCAUCUUCGGUGGCAAAGCCGUAUAAUCCAUUCAUGUCAAAAGAUCCUGAGACAUUUCAUGAGCUCAGAAAGCCCAGACUCUGUAGGAGUAAUUUGUUUCAUCAAGAACAGGGUUUGGAUGUGUCUGCGAUGAUGGAUCCCUCCAUUGUUCCAAAGCCACGUGACUUUCAGAAGUCUGAAGAACCCCAAAUGUUCAAAAAGAUUAGAAAGCCUGAGUUGUCUUUUAAUGAAAAGUUAUCGGGUCAGCUACAGGGAACAGGUGUGGCUAUGUUGAAAAACUUUGAUCUCCAUAAUAUCAACAGCUCUGACUUUCUGUUUGAGGAUGAAAAAGGUGAAGUCAUUGACCUAACUGGAAGUCCUGGAUCAGGAAAGGAGUUUUUUUCUAUUGCUGACCCCAUAACAUACGUAAUGCCUGAGAUAGAAAAGGAUGCAACAAGAAAGUCUAAAACCAUAAGAAGAUUAUCAUUUGGAAAGAACCAUCAGACUACUUUUUCAACGAGUGCUGAAAUUUUCUCGGGAAAAAAUAUCUGGAAUUCUGUAGAAGAUAAGAGGCAUAAUUUGCAAGCAGGAGUCAAGAGUUACUCAGACACAGAUCUUGGAAACGAUCUUUCAUUUCUAAGACACCCUGACAAGCUAGUAAAGAAUUGUUUCAAAGAGACACCUGCAGAAAAUUCCCACAGGGUACAGUUCCAAGAGAAGGAGUCAUCAUAUUAUGAAUUUGGAGGAACACCGCUCUCAAAUGCACUGAGCUUCUCCAGUCCUGGUCAAAAAUCUCCUUGGACAAGGGAUUUUCUUGACAGGAUAAGGGAAAAAAGCAAAAGCAGAUUGCGUAAUCAGUCUCUUCAUUGUGACUCUUCUGAACCUUGUUAUGGUGGUUUGAGGAGUAUAUCAAAAGUUACCAAGAGAAGAAGUCCUUCUAUUCUUGAGUUUUUCAAGUACCAAGGAGGCAGCACUGCAAGGAGGAUACCCCAACAAAAGAAGCAGAAGCUAUCGAUGCAAUCAUCAAGUUCAUCCAAGGGCAUAAAAAAUUCAGCAUCAGCGUCUAUUCUGCGCACGUGGACACCUAUAGAUAAAAGAUCACGACAGACACUGUCUUUUGCCAUGAAUAAUGGUGAAAGCCAAACUAAGCUGGUCUGGAAUGAAGGAACUCCCAAUCUUAGAAAGAAGUUUUAGAAGCAAAUAUGAAUUCCAAGAAGUGUUGUUAGGGAGUUUAUGGAUUUAGGAUCAAUUCAUUGCAGCUGCAGGUUUGUUUCUAAACUGUGUAAUCAUUUCAAAAUGUACUUUUAGACUGCGACUCUGAUCAUCCUACAGGCUACAAGUUCAACAAGGGGUCUAAUAUUGUUAAGAAAUUCUCAGCAUAUGUGUUGCCAUGUUUUUCAAAAGGUUAUGGUUUCAUUCUUGUUCAACUUAUGGUCCUGCUUUUGGUUUUUUGAGGUUUACAGUUCCUUAUUGCUGAUCACCUAGACACCUA